AGUGACUAAGACUUCUCCUCUGCUGCCCAAGCGCUAUGGUGCAGGGAUAACUGCCGUCUUCAGUCAAACCCAAGCGGGCUCCACAGAGAGAAGGCUGACUAGACAGGUGGUAUGCGUACGCCAGUAGAGUUAAAAACUGGCCGACUUCUGCUUGCUGUUAUUUUUCCAACUUGUUGAAAUUUUCUUUGCACACUUGAACGGAUGAAGUACUGCUGUUUUACUGACAAGAUGUUCUGAUGCCAUGUGAGGGCAAUCUGGAGGCAGCCCAGUGACAACUCAUUGAAGAAAACUACUUGAACGUAAUCCACCAGCAGCAAUAGUGCUAAACACUGAGAUUGAACUACUGAGGCUGUGUUUUGCUGUCUAAAAGAAAUGUUUGUGCCGUAUGAUUUUCCUGAGUGGACACGUUUCCCUCCAAUAGAAAACUACAACAGAAGAAAGAGACUAAAGGGAUGGAAGAAAUCCUUGCUUCUCCCAAAGAAACUCCACUGGAUCUGCAACCUCAGACUGUCUGUUUGUUUUAAUUUGCAUGCUGCUCUCUGCAAAGGGAUUAAGCCUAGAUCUUGAUGAGUAUUCUUCAAACUAUGCUACAAGGAAAAAAAAGACCGAAUAAAUUUUAUUACUAUUACUAUGCUACAAGUUGUACCUAUCUUCCAAAAUAAAAUAAAGGCGAUGCUUUGAAUGAGAAUAGGCCAGUAGGUGUUAGCUGGCAGAAAAGUGAAGUUAAAAUUGGUUCUCUUUCAUACAUCCAGAUCAUUAAGUUUUUGCUGGACAGCCUUCUUUGGAAGGAGGUUGUCCAUUGUAACAUCUUGUCAGAUUUCACAGGGUUAUUUAACAUUCAAAGCUAGCUGUAGGAUGUCUAGAGAGCUAGCCACAACAUCCAUUUAAAAAGUGAUAGCACAAGAAGGAAUGUGGUAGGGCUCUCCAAUUUUCGUUCUUCUUUGUCUUCUCAGGAAUUAUAUGAAUGAUAGCCUGAGGACAGAUGUCUUUGUAAGAUUCCACCCUGAGACUAUUGCUUGUGCCUGUAUUUAUCUUGCUGCUAGGACUCUUCAGAUUCCACUUCCAAAUCGUCCCCACUGGUUUCUACUUUUCGGAGCUAAAGAGGAGGAAAUUCAGGAUAUCUGCACUAAAAUCUUACAACUAUAUACAUGGAAAAAGGUUGAUUUGGCUAUCCUGGAAAGCCGAAUAGAGAAGAGGAAAUUGGCCCUAGAAGAGGAGAAAGCGCAUGCAAAAGGCCUCUUACCUGAUGGGACACCCAGUUUGGAUACUGUGUCGGGGUUUUCUCCUGUCCCCAAAACUGAGUCGCCAAAAGAAACUAAAGGUGCCAAGCCUUCCCCGCUUGCUGUGCAGGUGAUAAAAAAUGCCAAGAGAAAAAUGGAAGGAACGAAGAGAGUGAAAUCAAAUAGUCCCGUCAAUGGCAUUCAGAAAGGCAAGAGUCGGAGUGCAAGUAGAGACCAGAGUUAUUCAAGGUCACCCUCAAGAUCACCUUCUCCAAAACGGAGGAAAAGCGAAAGCUACUCUGCAUCAAGUGGCACCAAAUCCCAUAGCCGUUCAAGGAGCCGCAGCGAUUCUCCCCCACGUCAAUUCAGUCGCAGCAGUUCCAGUUACAAAGGUUCCAAGAUGAGGAGUUACAAAAAGGCCAAGGGGUACAAGUAUGCCUCCCCCAAGCAGCAGAAGUCCCGCAGCCGCAGCUCAUCCCGGUCCAGGAGCCGCUCGCGGGAACGUUCAGAUCACUCUGGGAAGUACAAGAAGAAGAGCCACUACUACAGGGAUCAGAGGCAUGAGCGGCCACACCCCUAUGAAAGGCCAAGCCAUCACUAUGAGAGAGACCAUCAUGGCCAUAGCCGGCAUAGGAGGUGAAAUGUGAAGGAUUCUGGAUUCAACGUGGUGCCUGUUUCAAUCUAGGCUGUUCUGUGAUAUCUCACAAACUUGCCCCUGACAUAGUUCUUUGUGGGUUUUUUGGGCUAUGUGGCCAUGUUCUUGCUGAGUUUUCUUUCUGACGUUUGGCCAGCCUCUGUGGCUGGCAUCUUCGGAAAGUGCUUUUCCUGGAAAAAUUGGGUGUAUAUAUAG